AUGGCGGACAUCAAGGCGAUCAAAGUGUUGGGAGUUCACGGACCCAACGCUGCUAAGGUCAUCCUCCUUUGCGAGGAGCUAGGACUGUCAUAUGAGACAGAAACAAUCCCGCUUACCGACACUAAGAGCUCUAAGUACGUCGCCAUCAACCCGAAUGGGCGGUUGCCGUCUAUCCAGGAUCCAAACACAAACCUCACGCUGUGGGAGUCAGGCGCUAUUAUCGAGUACUUGACAGAGAAAUACGACAAGGACCAUAAGCUAAGCUUCGUGCCGGGCACAGCUGAAGCCUACCACGCUCGUCAAUGGCUCUUCUACCAGACCACCGGCCAAGGACCGUAUUACGGACAGGCGAUGUGGUUUAUCAUUUAUCAGCCACUUCCCGAGGCGCGCGAGCGCUACGUCAAAGAGGUCAACCGCGUUACUGGCGUACUAGAAGGACACCUAGCGAAGCAAAAGCCUGACGCGGACGGCAACAUCUGGUUCUUAGGUAGCCGGCUCUCUUACGUGGACAUUGCGUUCUUCACGUGGCAGAACACAGCCUCGCCACGAAUCCCAGACGAAGAGUUCAACCAGGACGACUAUCCGCAUGUCAAGAAGUGGUCUGAGAACAUGCUCGCGCGUCCUAGUGUGAAGAAGGUACUGAAGCUCCAAGAAGCCAAAUAG